AUGAUUGACAAUUACGACUCAUUCACCUACAACCUCGUACAAUAUCUCGGCGAGUUAGGAGCGAACCUUGUCGUCCAUCGCAACGACAAAAUCACGCUCGACCAGAUCGAAGCCCUCGCACCUGAGAAGAUUGUCAUAUCGCCGGGUCCCUGCACACCGCGGGAAGCAGGCAUUUCCUGCGAUCUGAUCCGUCACUUUGCCGGGCGUGUCCCCCUUCUCGGCGUCUGCUUGGGGCAUCAGUGUAUCGGCGAUGUCUUUGGCGGCGAUGUCGUCCGCGCCGGACGGUUGAUGCACGGCAAAACGUCAAUGAUUCCUACCACAACGGUGAACAGAUUUUCGACGACCUCGAAAACCCGUUUGAGGCGACACGUUAUCAUUCCCUCAUUGUGA